CCUGGACGUCUGCGCAGUUUCUGCGCGGCAUUGAUCCGCUGUAAGGCUUGAAAACGACAUGGCGUUCUGUGGUAUGAAACAAAUCACAGCUUAAAAAGUAAGGGAGUAAUGGCAGCGGUUAGACUCGGCUGUCGUCUUUUCGACGCUUUGUUUGGCCGGUGGACGUUCGUGGGGUUUUCCUGCUGUGUGUGUAGUGCCUUCAGAGCCAGCCCGCGGGGACUGUUGUACGUUAACCUCGCUCGCUGACCGAGCCGUUCAAACAUAAACAUCCGCCGAGGAGGAGCGAUAAGGAGCUUCUCUCAGAGCCGCUUACUUUUCCUACCACAUUCACUCAUUUGUAUGCAGCAUGAACAGUUAAGGAAGCUGUAAUUCACCACCAGCACCUGACAGUCCAAGGACUGAGGAUGUAAACUGUAAGCUAAGCUACUUCUUGAAAGCACGCAGAGUUCAUUGGCCACAGCUGGCCAUGUUACGCUAACUAGCUAGCAUGCUAACCUAGCUAACUGCUGCUAGUUGUUCAGUACCUGGUCAUGUUUAGGAGCAAGUGUACUGGUGUUGUUCACAUAAUUAGAGUCUUCUAAAGCUACAUAACCUAAAACUGGGACCACAAAUGACUGACAGCUGUCUACAGACAUAAACUGACUUAAAAGUAUCAGUGAGGAGAUCCUUAAUAUGGGUUUGCUGCACUUUGUCUUCACCUCAAUUGGAAAGUGCAUUGACAUCAUUUGCCUCCUUCUAGACUUAAAUUUCGUGAUUGUCAACUCACUAGUUCGGUUGUUGGUGGCUGUAAUCUCCCUCAUUGGCAGUCUACCCAUGCUGCUCACUAAUUCUGUGGUGGAGUGCAUGAAUCUCACUCUGUUCUGCCUCAUCACCAUGAUGGAUGGGGUGACCGUCGUGACCCACAACAUGAUCGGGGGCUGGAUGCAGCUGCUUGGUGGCGUGCUUGAAAGCUUCAAGAUGGUGGGGUACCUGUCCUCGCAUUUACUGCUGCGCACAAAAGAGCUCCUGCACCGUGGACUUUUGUCGGGACACGGUUUGCUGCGGCAGGCCUGCGAGGGCUGCAGCAUUGUGUUUAGCCUGCUGCUGUACUUCAUCAACACCAUCAUCAACCUUCUGCUCAUAGGCACUCAGAACCUGUAUGGCCUAAUGGUCAGCAUGGUGGAGGCUGUGUCUAGCCCUUUACAGAAAGCUCUUGAGCUGACUCUGACUGUCCUCACCUUCUUCUACAGUACAAUAGUGGGCACCUCCAUUCUACUCUGGACACCAUGCAGACUGGCCAUGGAGUUCCUAGGCUCUCUAGGACACAUCUUCAUCAGCGUCUUCUUGCUCAACUCAUAUGGGCUCUUGCUCACACUGGUCAUAAUCGCAAGUGCCACUGUCUACCUGAACCCUGCACUGUUUCAGCGAGGGCUUCAGCGAAUAAUCGACUACGUCAACACGGUGCCCACCCUGCAGCGGCUCCAGAGAACCCUACAGCGCCUCUACCUGCUGGAGAGGAACUUGUGGCAGAGGUUUUCCUGGCCCCGCAGCCGCCUUGGCCUUUGGACAUCAGGCGAAGGGAGGGAAGCUCUGGCGACUGGAGAUGGAGAUGCUCCGCAAAUCAACGCUGAGCAAGAAGCUGCUCGGGAUGCCGUGGCUGGACAAGGAGAAGUGGGAGAUGUUGAUGAUCCCAUACACCAACCCCAGGCACUGCCGCUAGCACCCGAUCCCCCACUCCCAGGCUCCAGCACUCAGAGACCGCUGCAGAAGAUGCGAUCAGAGGAAGGCUCCAAAAGCAACCCUGAUCUUCUGACUCUCCUCCAGGAGCAGGAAGAGAGGAAGAAGUGCGUGAUCUGCCAGGACAGCACCAAGACUGUGGUGCUUCUGCCCUGCCGUCACUUGUGUUUAUGUCGAGACUGUACCAACAUCUUGCUGCGCCAACCCAUCUAUCAGCACAACUGCCCGCUGUGCCGCCACAUGAUCCUGCAAACCAUGGAUGUGUAUCUCUGAGAGACUCUGUAAACAUCUGCAAGGAUGGAUGGAUUGAUUAAUUCUGUGAAUCUCAGGUUUAAUGAAACACGACUGUUUCUUAUCAUGAGCUGUGUCGCCUCUCAGCCAAUAAGGCUGUGUGGGUUGCAGAUUCCCUGUAAAUGUUUUGUCCAUUCCACUGUGCUGAGUCUUUUGCUACUGUCAGUUGUAAAUACAUGUGGCCAUGUCCUUUUAUAUUCCUAAGAGCUGUUCUCAGCUUGUUAAGUCAAGGCUUGCUACUACAGUAUCUUUUCAUAUGUGUAUUUUGUAUUAUAAUUGAGCUUUUGUAUUGAAUUACACUAAAUCUUUUAUACCGCAGUGUUGACAUGAAUGUAAGCUUUACAUGGAGUAAUAACUGCAAAGAUACAUGCUUUCAUUGCAAUCCAAAACGUAGUAUGCACUAUAGGGCGGCCUAGCAGUGAGCCAUUAUUGGGCACAUAUUUGUGUGUGAUGCAAUACUCUAGCCUUACUAUGUGAAAGAUAAAAAAUUGCCCAACAAAUUCCUUAAAGGUUUAAUGGGAACAUUUUGUUGCAAUGUUUUAUCGAUUUGUUCUUAGUGUUGGUGGUGUUUCGCUUUGCUGGCCUUAAUUCUUUCCAUCAGAUAUGCACAUACGGUCCUAUUUCUAGAUUUUAGGGUCUCAUAGCUGGUAUUGUUAAUCUGCUUUAGGCCGAACAAUGAUGUUCUGUAAUGGCCCUCUCUAGUGUUUGUGUCCUAACAUAAAAGGUAUUGAUCUGUGCUCCUUGAAAUCUAAACAUUAGGCCUCUGGUUCACAUUUUUACAAUGUGAUGUCUGCACUGUCUCCUAAUUUAAUUGAGCAAUGGGAAAAAGGUAUUCUGAAACCCAGGUGGCACCAUAGGAAAACCUUUUAGGAUGCGCUCACAAAGAUGUUUUACUUUUUUAUGUGAUGUCUUUUUUCAGAUCAUUUAAAACACUAUAUUAGAGCAGGAGGACUAGAUCUAAUUACAGUUGUAUGUAAAGCUUUGAAAACCCCUGUCUUAAUUACAUGUUUUGUUGAUUUUCUAAGGGAAAAUAAGAAAAUAAACAAAUUCUCUACAAGGAAGAAGCUUAAAUAUGGUGUGUAUUAGCAAAUGCACAAUAUCUGCUUAUUUACUGAGUUUAACAUACUGGAAAAAAUGAAAUAUAUAACUUUUGCACAAGCAGUUCAGUAAAUAAACAGUAAUUUUUCAUUAAAAUGUGUAGAAGUGUGCUCUGUGUAGAGAAUGUAUAACUUAUUUUCACAUAGAAAAACAACAGAACAUGUAAUUUGACCAGGGUUGUCCAAACCUUUGCGUACGACUGUAUAUUCACUAUCACAGUGUUGACUGUGAACUGUUCAACUAUUGUUUAAUCAAAAUCUAGCAUUCAUAAUUACACAAUGGGCCAAAUGAAUGCUUUUUCAAAUCAGUGCCAAAUUAAUGACGACACCAAUGACACAAUCCUGUUCUGUCUUUAAGUGGUGCAGUUUACAUUUGUUUCAGCUGUUGAUUUUACUACAAAAGACAAUGUGUCACAUUAUCAGGGAAAUAAAAUCACAAUCUUUAGCCAAAACCUGAAUGUUAUUCACUGUAUUCCAUUUUAAAAUUUGCCAAAUGCUGUUAACAGACAAUUAAAUCUUCUGCCAUAAGG